UAAUUAUAUCACUACGAGUCCGUAAGAAGCAUAGGUAAGAAGAAACAGAAAUGGCUGAUCCGAUAUCUAUAGGCAACUCUACUGUCUAUCCAUCACUCAGAACAAUAACUAACUGAGGUCCAUCACAAGGACCAAAUCAUUCUCGGACUCGUUUCGGAUAAGAAUCGGAUGCGAUGUAGAGUGCAAACACGAUUGUUCGGAUAUGGGAUUGACGCUCUAGCUAGGGAUUGAUGUUUUCAUGGCCGACUAAUGGACCUCAAAGGCAAUGGACGGAAAUAAAAAAAAAAAACAUUUUGUCUUGUAGUCUGUCUGUCAGUGUGGUAAUUUGUGAAGUUGUUUGUUAUUACAGUAAAAUAGAAAAUACGUGUUUUAUUUAGCAAAACCCUGUACAAUCACAGAAAACAUAACACAUUCCAGUGAUUUUUGUUGUGACCGCUAAUAAGUAUAAUUUCGGAAGACAAAUUACGUCCUCUCGUUGUCUUGGAGUCUGAAGGCGCUGGGAUUAGAUAUGGAAGCUAUGGACAUCCAGGCUGUAGAGUCGAAACUGAGCGAUGUGACGGUGACUGCGAUACCCAUGAGCGGGAAGAACGUGCACAAGGAUUUAGGUCAAGGUGGGAACAGCCACGCGACUAUAUCGACGGUGCCCGCUUCAUCGCCGUCUUCCGUCGGUAAAGAUAAGGACGGCACCUCCAAUGUGAUGGCGGUAUCAUGGUCGACGAAGUGGUGGUGGAACACGGGGUUCAGUGCUGACUCAGUGGAAUGGUGUCCCGUGGAGGGAUACCGACGUGUGCUGGUCUGCGGCACUUACCAGCUCGAUAAGAACGACGCAGAACAAGCAACGAAGCAGAAGCGCCUAGGAAGAAUCUACCUCUUCACCAUAGACGACACCACCACAGACUUGUUUCCCGUACAGACCAUUGAUACAUCAGGAGUCCUGGACCAAAAAUGGUGCUACCACACGAUACAAAACCACCCAGUUCUAGGCGUCGUGACUUCUGAAGGCAGUCUGCAACUUUACCGUUUGGUCGACAACCAAGGUUUUUUGAAUUUAGAACUAUGGAUUGACUAUUCUAUUGGUCAAGAUGUCUUGGCUCUGUCUCUGGAUUGGUCGACGAAUAAAACUGAAUCUGAACACAGAAUAGUGGUUAGUGAUUCUUUGGGUAAUGUGACCGUUUUUAAAGUGGGUGAUGGAGGUGUAGAGAAGUUAGGAAUGUGGAAGAGUCAUGGCUUUGAAGCGUGGAUCGGUGCGUUUAACUACUGGAAUGGCGAUGUGUUUUACUCAGGGGGUGAUGACUGCGUAUUCAAGAGCUACGACACGCGAGUUCCCGAGACAGCUGUUAUGUCCAACAGGAGCCACGAGGCGGGGGUCACGUCAGUUAGGAGUCAUGUUGAUGUCGAGCACCAGCUGCUUACUGGGAGCUAUGACGACAGAAUCCGUCUUUGGGACGCGAGGUCUCUAAAACGUUGCAUCACGGAAACUAAUGUCAACGGUGGAGUAUGGCGUUUGAAGUGGCAUCCCUACCACAGUAGCAUCAUCUUAGCUGCCUGUAUGUAUGGGGGCUUCCGAACGUUGAACCUAGAUGGAGAAUUGAGGGUAGUUAAUGAGUAUAUGGAACAUGAGAGUAUUGCAUAUGGAGCCGAUUGGAGGUUUGAUAAACAGCUCCCUCUGGUGGCAACAUGCUCGUUCUAUGAUUGCAAACUGCAUGUUAGCUCUUAUGAAAUUGUUUUGUAGAUAUUAUUAAGUUUGAAAAAUAUCUUUGAGAAAUGCAUAUUACAUAAUGUUGUUUUAAAUAAAGAAUUUCUAUAUUAGGAAUGUUUUUUUUUUUUUGUAUUAAAUUCGAAAUAGAUUUGUUCGAAACUUAAAAGUAAAAAUAGACCAUAGAGCAACACGGACCUCCAAUAGACUUGUGACAAGUUUGGCAUACUUGUCGCCUUGCCAUUCAAGAAAAAAAAAUACUUGUCGCCUUAUGACAAUCCCAUACAUUUUACUGGUUACUUACACUUUGUACAGUAAAUUAUACAGGGUAUUAGUGACACCGUACCGAAUACCUACUGAAGUUCAACUCAUGAUUCUGAGUUAAUAUCAAGUGGAAUUUUGAAGAUUAAUAAAACAGAAACAUAUUAAUUUUCCGACAGGAAAUUCCACUUGAUCUCAAAAUCAUGAGGUGAAUCAUCUCAAUUAGUAUUCGGUACAGGGUGUUACUAACACCCUGUAUUCUUCUCUAUUUUUACUCUGUCGGUUUUUGUAAUGCAACUUAGCUAAGACCAUUGACGUAUAAUAUAUGUUACCAGUGAUCCAAUAAAACGUCCCAAUGUCAUUUUAAACAUGUUGUAUUUCAAUUUGCUUAUAAUGUCAUGAUAAAUAUAAUUUAUAACAAUUACAUACUUAAUAAAGUAAUCAUUUGCCGUAAGUGAAUAAAAAAAUCUUACACCAUUUACAAGGCUUUGGGAUGUUCUGUGUGAUCGUCAAAAUGUUAUUUUAGAUUAAAAG